GCCUAGUCAAUAUUUGAAACUGAAGGUCAUGAUGUUUGGUUGACUCUUCCUCUUUAAGUUGUUGCGUCUCGUAUAGGAAGCUCACAACAAACAUAUUAAUGCAUCCUGAUACUAAACCUAAGGAUUCAAGUCAUCGAGUCUCAAUCGGCAUAAAUAUUUUGACAGGUGGUUUAGCAGGAUGUGUUGCAAAGACAGCAAUUGCUCCACUCGACAGAGCUAAAAUAAAUUUUCAGUCUACUCGAAUGCCAUUUAAUGUACGGAGUCUUAUUCAGUUUCUCAAAAACACUUACCAAGAGCAAGGUUUUAUGCGUCUAUGGCGUGGUCACACUGCAACUCUUGCCAGAAUUUUUCCUUAUUCUGCUAUUCAGUACUCUGCUCAUGAUCAUUAUAAACAUUUACUUGGGAUUAGUUCAACUAGGCAUUCGGAGAUUUCGUAUAUACGUGUACGACGAUUUCUUGCUGGUGUUGGGGCUGGGACUACAUCAGUUACCUGUACAUAUCCACUUGAUGUCGCCAGAGCACGUAUGGCAGUUACAACUGCUUCCAAAUAUUCUAGUCUUUUUCAUGCUAUACGAGCUCUUUAUACAGAAGAAGGAUUAAGUGCAUUGUAUCGUGGUUUUACUCCUGCUCUCCUCGGUAUUAUCCCAUAUGCUGGGACAGCUUUCUUUACAUUUGAAACACUGAAAGAAACAUGUUUAGAUAGAAAUAAAGAUCCCAUCACUGGUAACCGACCUAAAAAAUUGUAUCCAUUUGAAAAUUUAUGUUGUGGUGCAGUGGCUGGAAUAUUAGGACAAACUGCUUCUUAUCCACUAGAUAUUGUUAGACGAAGAAUGCAAACUGCUAAUAUUACAGGUCAUCCAGAAUAUUUAGAAAGUGUAUAUAAAACAUUACGAUAUGUAUAUAAAGAUGAAGGUUUUAUUCAUGGAUUAUAUAAAGGUUUAUCAGUGAAUUGGAUUAAAGGACCAGUAGCUUCAGGUAUUAGUUUCACGGUUUAUCAUCAAUUUCAACAUUUACUUCAUCAAUGGAUAAUAAUUGAUGAAUAACUGGUUUUUCUUUUCAUCACUGAUAAUUAUUAUUGAUAUUACAUCAUAGAUUCUUAUGAUCUCUCUCUCUAAAUACAAUAACUGUAUAUUGUUGCUAAGAAGUAAUUCGAGUUGUUAUUGCUUUUGCCAGUUUCCUUUUCUAGUUGUUUAUUAUUCUCUGUUUAUAUUAGUUUAUAAUAUGCAUUUGUUGACUGUCUAUCAUAUCCAAUGAUGUGUUUAUGAGUAGUAUUAGUAUUAGUAAAAGUAAUAAUGAAGGCUAUCUAUCUUUGUUUAUCGUACGUUUAUUUUGACUGUCUUCUACAAAAAGAAACUGACUAAAACUUAAAUCUCGGUUUACAUUUGUAAAUGAUCUACAAAUAUCACUUGACUUUCUACUUUUUUUUGUCUCAUCACUAUGAAAAUAGAAGAUUUUUUAGUUUUCUGAGUUUGUAUUUGCCGCAUUUUUUUGUCUUUCAAUACUGUAGCUGUUAGAUCAGUGUGGUUCAAACACUUUCACACAUCAACAUAUAAACGCAUACUCACAAACUUGAAGUUGUACAGAGUAUUUCAAGUUACUUACCUAUUAGAUAUUAAUUAUCCUAUAUUACCUAAUUAUUUGAUAUUUUUCAAACAAAAUACUGUAAAUUUGUAGUAUAAUCCUAAAUUAUUUAUUUAUUUAUUUUUGUGCUGUUACUUAUUAUUUACCUCAUUUUUAUUCAGUGUUUGUUUACUGCUUAAUUUAUCUGCUGUUACUCGUGCUACUUUUAUCUAAUUAAGUAGUUUAAAUUGUUCUACAUCAUUUCUGUUUCGUUUACUUUGGAAAAUAUUUUUUUCAUUCACUGCCACCCUGGGUAAAUGUGCUUAAUUGUUUUCGCCUUUCGAACAGAAUACACAUUAUAAUACAUUAACCAUUUACCAAUAAAAACUGACAGUAUUGUGUACAUGUACUUGUGUGUGUGUGUUAGUUUAUACGUUAGAAUCCUCAAUAAAUUAUUUCAUUUCGUAUUUCUUUCUUUUUCAUUGAACAUUUUUUCGUGGUAUUUGCAGAACGACUUUUGUAUUUAAAAUUACCUUUCAACAGAUGUACUCAGGUAUUUUAAAUAGAAAUAAAUGUUUAUAUGGUUCGUUA